GAUCAGGCAUCGCUGCGGCUUAAUACACACACUUGAAUGAAUAUAAAAAAUUCCCACCAUCUCAGAUCAUCAGCCACUUAUAUUUCUAUCCUUUGUUAACAUUAUUCUCCGGCAACCGCCAGAUAAAGGCCCCCGCCGGUUCCCUUUAUAAAAAAAAAAGAAAAAAAAAUGGUGACGGUGGAGGAGGUGAGAAAGGCCCAACGGGCGGAGGGUCCGGCAACGAUCUUGGCCAUCGGCACCGCCACGCCGCCCAACUGCGUUGACCAGAGCACUUACCCUGAUUACUACUUCCGCGUCACCAACAGCGACCAUAUGACUGACCUCAAACAAAAGUUCAAGCGCAUCUGUGAGAAGUCAAUGAUCAACAAACGUUACCUGUACUUGACAGAGGAAUUGUUGAAAGACAAGCCCAACAUGUGCGAGUACAUGGCACCUUCCUUGGACGCUAGGCAAGACAUUGUUGUAGUAGAAGUCCCAAAGCUCGGAAAAGAAGCGGCCCAAAAGGCCCUCAUGGAAUGGGGCCAACCCAAGUCCAAAAUCACCCAUUUGGUGUUCUGUACCACCAGCGGCGUCGACAUGCCUGGCGCCGACUACCAGCUCACCAAGCUUCUUGGCCUCACACCCUCCGUCAAGAGGCUCAUGAUGUACCAGCAGGGUUGCUUCGCCGGCGGCACCGUCCUCCGCCUCGCCAAGGACCUCGCCGAGAACAACUGUGGCGCCCGAGUUCUCGUUGUGUGCUCCGAGAUCACCGCCAUCAUUUUUCGUGGCCCAAGCGAUACCAACUUGGACUGUCUGGUGGGCCAAGCCCUCUUCGGGGAUGGGGCUGCGGCGCUCAUAAUUGGAUCGGACCCGCUCCCGAGCUUAGAGAGGCCUUUGUUUGAGCUCGUGACUGCAGCCCAAACUCUCUUGCCUGACAGCCACGGGGCAAUCGACUUGCACCUUCGGGAGGUGGGCCUGACGUUCCACCUGCGGAAGGACGUCCCGGAGAUCAUAUCGAAGAACAUAGAGAAGAAUCUGAAGGAAGCGUUUCAACCUUUAGAAAUCUCCGAAUGGAACUCCCUCUUUUGGAUCGCGCACCCGGGUGGGCCAGCAAUACUAGACCAGGUGGAAGCAAAGUUGGGCCUGAGGCCCGAGAAACUUCGGGCCACGAGGCACGUGUUGAGUGAGUAUGGGAACUUGACCAGUGCUUGUGUAUUGUUCAUAUUGGACAAGAUGAGAAAGGCCUCGGUGAAAGAUGGGCUUAGCACAACUGGUGAGGGGUUGGAGUGGGGAGUACUUUUUGGAUUUGGGCCGGGCCUCACUGUCGAGACUGUUGUUCUCCAUAGCGUCUCCACUAAUUAAUUGCUCAAAACUCUCGGGGCCUGUUUGGUUGAAGG